AUGGAUACCCAAGCCAGGAACAAGAUAGGGGUGCUCAAGCCCGAGGACUGGAAGAAGCUGGGUUACUCCGAUUCCACAACACCCAACGACGACACUGAGGGUCUGACCAACGAGAUCGACCCAAUCUUUCAUUACACUCACCCAUCGCUGAGCGUUCCAAUAUGGCAUCCUCUCACUAAUGCUGAAUACGAAGACUACCUAGUGGACAUAAGGCAGAUGCUCCAGCUAGCAUCGUUGUUUCUCCGGUCUCCGCCAAGCCUGAACGCCGACUACGACCUCUAUUACAGCCCACGGGUAUAUCCGAAAAAGCGUGUGAACUUUGAGGGCCAGCCAGUGCUAGAGUUCCGUCAUGUUGAAACGACAGAGGCCUAUUGGCCGGAGCGAAGAGACCUGGCCAACGCUGCGCUCGACCGGCUUGCGGGUGUAGUAAGCUUUCGGGUUGUUUCAGAGAAGGAAAACCCCGACAUGGCGGGUGUCAUUGGUUUGAACACGCUCUUUCUUGGGGUACAUCCACGCGGAGUGAACAUCCAGGAUGAUACGGACUUGGCCAAAGGCAUCGGCUCGACGGUCUGGAUCCACGAAAGACUGAUAACCGAACUCAGGCGGUUACGCAACGAAAAAGGUGUCGACAACACCCUCAAAGUUUGCAGCCUUACGGUAAAAGGAGCUGCAACAAUCUGCCACGAGCUCUUCCACGCAAAGUAUAUGGCAACCGACUCGCCAUUGCUCAGAGACACACUAGAGGAAACAAGCCUUCGCAGGCAUGCGGCUAUGACGAAGAGCGGACGUCAGAAGGAGGAUGUACAGAGCAACGAGCCUUUGCAUGAGGAUGAUACCGACGCAGAAGUGGGGUACGUCUGGGAGAAGUAUGUUUUUGGUGGCCACAUUCACUUCGAAGGGGACGUAGACAAGUGCCUCUUCUUUAGCAAGUGGCCAUCCUACUGGGCCAGCAAAAACUACCACAGAAGGGGUCUGUGGCGCAAGAUGAUGACGAGGUAUGUUGUGACGAUGCACUACAUCUUGAACCUUCUCAGGCAGGGAUUUUGGGACGACAUGAAAGAGGGGGAUCUCACUGCCCUCCAAAUCAAAAAAUGGAUCGGCAUCAGAACGAGCUGCCCAUAUUCUGAACUUGAAGACCCUGAUUGGAAUAUUAACGACUCAAGCGAGGGCGAGUAUCCACUGGUUCGCCCCUCUUUACUAAGAAUCUGCAGAGAAAAGGCUGGCGAGGAACUGCAAGUGUCGAGAGCGAACGAAUCAAGGGAAGAGCGGAUCGAUCGACAGCUCUGGGAACAGACUGAGGCACGCAGCUAA